AUGGAUGCCGACGACCCUGGAGACGUUUUUCGAGCCGUGAAAUCGUUAUGUGAGACGGUACGCGGUCUAAUGGAACAAAUCACAACCACCUACACAAAAGUGGAACAAUGGGAAAGGGAAGCCGGUUGUCUGCCCAGCGAUCCCAUCACGGAGAAAUGUUCCACUCUUUUGCGAAAGCUAGACGUUUUGAUGCAAUCUUUGAGUUCAGAAGAGGAAAAGGUGGAGGAAAGCGGAUUUGAACCUGAAGAUGAUGAACGUACUGCCAGUGAAGAGCGAAGAAGGCGUGAUUCGUUGGUGGGUAGGGCAAACAGUCUGAAAAAAGCACUAAAGGAUAUCAUGAACAUCGCGGAGAGAGGAAUCGAUCAACAUACUCGCGGAAGGUAG